AUGAGUGCAGACGACUGUAGCGUUAACUUCGCUAAAAUAGACGACGAGUUCUUUACUGAAGGCUUCCGCUUGCUCCUAGAACGCGGUUUACCGGUAGAUACGAGAGACGAGAACGGGCGCACGACACUACAUCGUGCGGCAGAACACGGUAACUUCACCACCGCUAGUUUUCUACUCGACCUAGGGGCCGACCCGUCUGCACGAAAUACCCAAGGCUUCACUCCUGUACACAUAGCCACAGAGAACGGGCGUUUCGAUGUUUUACGUCUGGUUGUAGAGAGAGGCGCGUCUGUGAAUGCAAGGACGAACGACGGACGGACAUCGCUCCACCUAGCGGCGGGGUUGGGUCUCUACAAAGCCGCUAGAAUGUUGAUAGACCACGGUGCGGACGUGAACGCACAGUCUAAACGAACUGAACUGGAUUGCGACUUGUACCACCCUAGGUACCCUCUACAUAACAAAACACCUUUACACGAUGCUUCAGGAAACGGGCACUGUGAGGUUAUGAAGUUGUUGCUGAACGAAGGCGCGAACGUAGCGGCUGUUAAUUUUGAUAACAGGGCAACAGCGCUGCACUAUGCGACCAAGAAUGGUCACAGCGACGCCGUCGGUGUCCUACUAGACCACGGAGCAGACAUUGAGGCAACGUUUUUCCGGGAUGAAACGGCCCUUCAUUUAGCGUGCUUGGAGAAUCAUUACGAGACGGUACGAGUCCUGUUGAACCGGGGCGCGAAGGUAGGCGCUCGGGAACACUACAAGCUGACCCCGUUACACUACGCCGCAAGGAACGGUAACUGUGCCCUCAUCAACCUACUGCUACUACACGGUGGUAGAGUAGAUGGUGUGGACUGUCACGGCAUGACGGCACUACACUACGCCGCACACUGUGGCUAUGGUGACGCCGUUCGCUACCUGGUAGAACAAGGCGCCGACGUCAACGCUGAGACGUGCAGAGGCAUGACGGCGCUGCACCUUGCCGCUCACAAAGAAGACAACGGCGACGUCGUACGUCUGUUGAUAAGUCUAGGCGCAGGGAUGACAGCAAAGUGUUUUUACGACCCCAGACUGCGAAGCAACGCGCCCGAAUGCGGUGGCACGCCGCUUCACAUCGCUACCUACUACGGCAACCACACAACCGUCGAGAUUCUCUUAAACCAAGGGGCGGACUUAGACGCAAGAAACGACGACGGUUUGAAUGCACUUCACCACGCAGCUGCAAGGGGGCGUGACCGCCUCAUAAAGCUCUUCCUAAACCGCGGCGCAAAACUGUAUGCCACGGACAAGUCCAAACGUACAGCACUUCACCACGCAGCGUCCGACGGCCAAUGGCAAACCGUUCGCCUCCUGUUGGAUCUAGGCGCUGAUAUAACAUCAACAGACGAGUGUCACUACACAGCCUUACACCAUGCCGCAGCGAAAGGACAAUGCUACGCGGUAUACACAUUGCUAAAACACGGUGCCGAUGUAAACGCGUUAACAGCCGGUGAACAAACGCCGUUACACCUUGCAGCCAGAGGGUCAGACUUGAAAUCCUUCCACUCUUCCCACCCAGGAAAACACAACCACGAAGCGACGAUGGAAAUCCUAUUGGUUAGCGGUGCAGACUGGACCAUUACAGACACACAGGGACACCAGCCUCUGCACCUUACACGGGGGUACGGUAGGAAACAGGAACUGUUGUUAACAUACCAGACACAUCAUCACAGUCUACACUGGCUAUGCAGGAUGAAGAUUAACUCUAUUCUCCUUUUGAGAGGCUUGGAAGGAGGGGAAAGUUCUUUGCCGAGCCACGAAGACGCAGUUGAUACCUUACCGCUGCCAAACUUACUUAAAGAUUAUCUCCUUCUGAGGGAUCCUCACAAGAAAGAGCUAUUCACUCACUCACUCACUCUGGCGAGCUCGCUCAGAAUCUAA